AUGGGGGGAAAUCCCACAAAGGAAGCUUCUGCGAAUAAGGAGGGGAAGAAGGUUGAAGGGAGCGGAGGGGAGUGGGAAACAGAAGAUACACUGAGUAGGGUUAUGCGUUCCCCACGACGGACGUGGUCAAUGCGUAUUUCAAAUAUGUACUAAUAAAAACGAGUAAGAAAAAAGUAUGUUUAAUCACACACACAUUUGUGUGACAAGAGAGAAGCCAUCUGUUGUCUCCUUUAUUAUGCAGGAAGUCUUCGCUAUCUGAAAUAUUUAUAGAGAAGUAAAGAAGGUAAAGUUCACAAAAGGCCUCUGUAAGAGGACAAGUAUUCAAGACUUUCAGUAUCUCCCAGGUUAGGGAAAGUUCACGCCUGUGCCAAGUGGACUAGGUUCCCAUUGCAAAGGCCUUGAGAUGCGCAGCCAUGUUGGGACAGGAGAGAACCCUCGGGGUGCCGUCACUCAGGGCAUGUUGCUCCCUUUGACCACAUUGUAUAGGUGCUAUUGGCAGACACAGUGCUGGGGUGGUAUCCUUGUUCCUGGCUAGAUACACACCACAGCACCUCGCCCUCUUGGACAUAAAAAUUGACCCCUGAAGAUUCCUCCCACACCUGCACUAACCUCAGUGGAAUUUAUAUUUAUAAGGACACAGAAGAGCUCAGCUACCAACAACUCCAAGUGUGUGAUACAGUGUCGUCCUCUGUACACUGGAGCUUCCUAGUGGUUAUGCAAAUUCCCUGGACAGAAGGUUCACCUGCUUCUGACCACUGGUCCCCAGGCACCUGAACUGGGACCACAUUACCUUUUCCAUCACCCUUGGCUUGGUUUCUGCCUAAGGAUCCUCCACCCUAGGCUGGACUGUGGCUUCCGAAGAUGGGAUGCAGCCUUUGUGCUGUAUCUCACCUUAUUGUGUUGCUUCCUUCAGAUCUCACAGAGUAGAUGUGCAGAUUGCAGCGGAUGUGGCUACCCACGGGUCCCACAACAGCUCGCCUGGAAGGUCAAGCAGGAAACCCAGACAGGAACUCAGAGAUGUGGGGGAGAUAGAAGGGCAGGGCCUGGCCUUGUUCUAGAGCAGUGCCCCUUCUUGUUUAGCAGCUGGUGUUGGCCGCCAGGGGCCCAGCCUGCCCAUCCCCUGAUGUCCCCAGUGCAAAGGUGUGAGACGCCCGCUGAGCACUGUGGAGACCUGGGCUGAGGCAGCGCCAUGCCCCCUGGCCUCGCUCUGCUGCUGGGACUUGGUGAGCGCUGUAGGGAAGGGAGGUGGGGGGCGGGAGGGGAAGAGCUCAGAGAUGGCCGAGUCCAUCACCCAGGCUCCUCACAGCGCUCUUCCUCCGUGAGCUCCUGGCCGGGGUUAUUUGAGGCCUUUGGCUCCCCGACCCCAGGUCUGUGUCCUGAGCCCAGGGGCGGGGUCACCGGGUCCCAGGCAGGCGCCUCUCACCAGCUCUCUGUUUCAGUGUCUGCUCUGGAGCAGAGGAUCUGGGCCGGCAGUGGUGAGUUUCCCUGCCUUCAGGGCUGGGAGCUGGGAGUGAGGCUGGGCGGAGGGUGGGCGGAGCCUGAGGGUGUUGGGCUGAGGCAGGAGGAGCCCUCCCUGUGCUGCCAUCCACACUCUUCCCUGAGGAGUCACCAUCAGGGCCUGUGGCAAACACGUGAGAUGCACUGGGACGUGCACAGGCCUGGGGACCUCGCACAGGACGCUGUUCCCUGAGGACAGAGUGGCCACGGUUCCAAUGAGGCUGUCUUGGGGAUGCUUUCAACUCUCUUAUCCCCGAGAAGUCAUCUCAGGUCAAGGCUCCCUCAUUUAGGACACAGAUUGAAGUACUACGCAGCGCCCCAUGUGUGUCUGCUCUGUGACCCUCUCUGCAAGGUACCUUUGCCUUCGCCACCCAGUGUGUGCUCGCAAUAGCAGAACAUCAGGGUGUUUCUCAGUGGGCACAGAGAGCAGAGAGCAGAAGUCGUGAGGCCCUCGCUGCUGUAAGGGUGGGCACACAGAGGCUAGUGCUGCUGGGCAGUGCUCAUGUCGCUGUGUUUCCACAGAGUCAGCACUGUGAUACUCAUUCUCUCUCUUUGCUUCCCCAGGAGGAAAGGUCAUUCCCACUCAGUGCAGAUGUAUCGGUCCUGCCUGUGACCCCAGCAUUUCUAUGUGUGCCGGGGACACCCAGACUCCCUUGCCCUCUGAAAGAAAUGAGAAGGAACACGUUGGUCAUGUACACAGUGCUGUGUACGGAGGAGCUGGAUGCUGAGGAGAAGUGCGAGGGAGGAAGGGCGGGGAGUUGCCACGGGGACACUUGCAGGCAUCAUUGGCAGGAGGAAGGUUGCAGGUUGUGGGAGGGGUUUCCUGGUGCUGUGGUGAGAGACGUCCAGGGGGCAGGGUGGAGCCAUCGUGGGACACUGUGCUGUUGGGGAGAGUCCUGGGGUGCUGGCCUGGCCUUGGCCUUGGCCAGAGUGUGUGUAGCAAUGGGGCUGUGUGAGGAUGAGGUCCGGAGCACAGUCAGCACCUGCAGAGCCGUGUGGCCAGCAUCAGUGCUCAGGGGUCUCUGUGAGUGACAGCAGAGCCACCGUAGGCUGAUAACAGAGGACAGAGGUGAUGGACAUAUUUAAAUAGGAUCCCAGGCUCCAGGGUGAGGAUGGGGCAGGGCAGGGCCUGGGGCUGAUGUGGAAGAAGAUAGAGGAAGGCACCACACAACGGUUCAAGGAGACAUAACAUCCACUGGGCCCAGGCCCAUCGGGGCAGCAGAGUAAUGGGACAGGGGAUCCACAGGAUUCCUUCCCAGGCUGGGGCGAGGGGUAAGAGGCAGCAGCGCAGGGCUAAGGAAGGACAAUAAGCAGUACGUGGACCAGGCCGGGGCAGUGGGUGAGGUCUUCGUGAGUGUGCAGGAGCCGAAGUUCGUGUGUAGUUACUCAGGAGAGGGUAGGAGGAGACUGAACUGCUCUGGAGAUCAGGUGUGUGUGUGUGUGUGUGAGAGAGAGAGAGACAGACAGACAGACAGACAGAGAUGAAUAUACACUCACACAGGGAUGGGUACAGGGAUACUAGAUGUAGGGGGAGACCCCUGAGAGGUGGUGGGUAGAAUCCCGGAUAUCUCAGUGGAUAGCGAGGUGAGAAAUGAUAGAUAGUUGUGUGCUGGAGAUGAAACUAUACACACAGUCUGCCAAAAAUGUGUACACACUGAGGGAAGAGAAACGUGUAAAUAAUUUACUACUAAAUUUAUUGAGCCAUCAUGAGAUUAAUACAAGUUCCUCUGGCCUUACAAAAUUCCGAGAGGUGCUCACGGUGCAGGCCUUUCACUUCCAGACAUUUAUUAGCACAGUGAACUGCUGAAGUGUGAACUUUCCCCAGACCCUGUACGUAUGAGAAACAUACUGAAGAAGGACCCAGCUACACUCCCAGCACACGUGUGUGGAGAAGGCGGGAAUCAGCCGGGGAGCAGACUCUGCUCUCCAGGGAGAUGAGCACUGGGCUCCGGGAAGCCAGGGCAAGGGCUGCUGUCGCAGGCGGGUGGUGUCACAGGCUGAAGAUACACGCAGACCUCACUAGGACUCCCUUCAGGCAUGAACCACCUGGAGAAAUGUGGUAUGACGGAGACGCACAGGGAGCCCCAGAUGUGGAGGAAUUCUUCCUGCGGACAGUGACACACACCGAUGCAGGGAUUUACUAUUGUGAUUACUGGAAGCGAGGAGUCUGGUCAGAGCGGAGUGAGUCACUGGAGCUGGUGGUGACAGGGGUCAUCAAGGACAAGCCAUCCCUGACUGCUCACCCAGCUGCCCAGGUGGCCUCAGGGGGAACCGUGACUCUCCAGUGUCAGUCACUCUACUCCUAUGACACCUACGUCCUGUGCAGGGGAGGAGGAGCUUCCUUCCCCCAGGACUGUUCUCGUCAGCACCACAGCUCCUUCCUCAUCGCCCCCGUGAGCCUGGACCAGGCCGGGACCUACACCUGCUAUGGCUCCCAUAACUGCAGCCCCCAGCAAUGGUCCCUGCCCAGCGACCCCCUCCAGCUCUCUGUCACACGUCCGGCUGUUCCCAUUGUGAUUUCGGCCUCAGCUGCUGCCGCCGCCUUCCUUCUCCUUGUCCUGCUCCUCUUCCUCCUCCUCCUCUGCCUAUGCAGGCGUCGGGCCAAGCACAGGGCUGCUUGUGAUGGGACCAAAGGCCACACGAGGCACAGCAGCUCCAGCCCACCCGUGCAGAUCCAGGGAGAAGACACAGGUGAUGGCUUGCAGGACGCUGAGCCUGAGGCGGACAGACAGUGGGACACACAGGUGAGCCCUUCCCUCCGCCUCCUCCCUUUGCAGCCACACCCAGGCAUUGCUGCACACCUUGUCUCUGGACGCCAGGUCCCUGCGGCGGCGGCGGACCCACAGGAGGUGACCUACGCCCAGCUGCACCCAACGAGGCUCAGGGCAGGUGUGGACCCGCUUCCGCCCCGGGACCCUGAGCCUCCAUCCACACAGCCCUGUGUGUACGCCACCCUCACCUUGUCCUGAGAGCGCAGCUGGAGCGGCUGGCGUGGACGGUGCGCCUCAGCCCGGCUCCGCAGAGCGUGCCGCCCACGCCCCGCAAGCCCAACGCUCAGGCUAGAGGCCCUCAAAACCUCAGGAGAGAAGCGCUGUCAGCUGUGAGGAAAUUCUGGGGCUCCUCGCCCUUCUCGGGGCAGAUUCCAGACUCACCGCACGUUCACUCCCUGGCUGCGCAUCCACCGCGAGCUGACGGAUGCCGACUCUCUCCUCCGACCUGUGGGGGUGGUGUGCAGAUUAGCAGGACCUGGGAACCUACCCUUUGCCGCGGGAGGCGAGCCUCGCGAUCCAGGCCUCAGAGCGCGAAGCGGGGGCGCCUGCCGGAGCACGUGCAAAGACUCUGGGUUUCUGACCGGCAUCGCCAUUGGGGUGUGGGUAAGGGGACCCCCGGGCGCCAAGCGGAAGUCAAGAAGCUCGCGGCCUUCGCCCCGCGGCUCGGGACUGCGGCGGUGCUGCGGUAGCACGGGAGCGUGGGCGUCCGCGAGGAAGAAGCGUCCGCUUGUUCGGGGAAUUCCGAGAGGAGAGCCGGGCGGUCGCACGGUAGCUCCGUUUGUAAUUUCUGCAGGGACCUUCAUCCUGUCUUCCAUACCGGCCUCGGCGGGGAAGGGCUCCCUUGUCUCCACCCCGCACCGACCCCUGUUUUUCCCCUCUGUGGGUACCGACAUCCUGAUGGGCGUGGGCGACACUGCCUGGUGGUUUGCUUUUAUUUUCAUCCGAUGGUUAGUGCUGUCCCGCACCUUUUCCUGUACCUGGUGGCCAGUUCUAGGCCUUGUUUGAAAAACUAAAUAAAAUUCAGGUCUUUUGCCCGUUUUGAAA